GGACCCGAGGAAAGGCUUGAGUGUGUGUGGAGACAUCUGAGCAGCCAGCUGUCCUGAGCCUGAGUAAUCUAGCUGCCUUGUCGUCACUGCACCUGGCGGCUGUCCAAUUCCUGAGCCAAGCAAUGAUUAACGGAGCUUCCUCUGGGAGGGAGGAAACAGUUAAAAUCUUGCAACUGCAAUCAUCUAGGCGUGGUUCUCUGGUCUGAUUUGGGCUGCGCAGAUCCUGGGCCAAGGAGCAGAGGAAGGACAGCUUAGGCGGCAGAGCCUUCUAAAUGGCUGAGUUGGAUCUGAUGGCUCCAGGGCCACUGCCCGAGAUCACUGCUCACUCUCUGGCCACUCUCAGCGCAGACUCUGGGUCAGCCAGUCCAGCAGAAGAAGAGGACAAGGGCUCCCUGGGGAGCCCCCAGAGGGAGAUCGAGGCACAGGGGGUUCCUGGUGGCGAGGGAGAGGAGGAGAUCCUGUGUGACUUCUGCCUUGGGGCCAGCAGAGUGAGGGCGGUGAAGUCCUGCCUGACCUGCAUGGUGAAUUACUGUGAGGAGCACCUGCGGCCGCACCAGGAGAACAGCAAACUGCACAGUCACCAGCUGACCGAGCCGGUGAAGGACCGGGACCUGCGCACCUGCCCUGCCCACCAUAGCCCGCUGGUCGCCUUCUGCCACCCCGAUCGGCAGUGCAUCUGCCAGGAGUGUGGCCAGGGUGAGCACAGGGGCCACAGCUCAGUCUCCCUAGAUGCCGCCCGCAGGGACAAGGAGGCUGAGCUUCGGGUAACCCAGUUAGACUUGGAGCGGAAACUCAAGUUGAAUGAGAACGCCAUCGCCAGGCUCCAAGCCAACCAUAAAUCAGUUUUGGUGUCGGUGUCAGAGGUGAAGAUGGUGGCUGAGGAGCAGUUCGGGCAACUCCUUGCUGCCAUGAGGAAGGCCCAGGACGAUGUGAUGCGGUUCUUGGAGGAGAAGGAGCAAGCUGCUCUGAGCCAGGCCAAUGGCAUCAAGACCCAUCUGGAGCACAGGAACGCGGAGAUGGAGAAGAGCAAGCAGGAGCUGGAGAGGAUUGCUGCCAUCAGCAACACUGUCCUGUUUCUGGAGGAGUACUGCAAGUUUAAGGACAUCGAGGACAGCUCCUUCCCUAGUGUUUACAUAGGACUUAAGGAUAAGCUCUCAGGCAUCCGCAAGGUCAUCACGGACUCCACUGUGCACUUAAUCCAGUUGCUACAGAACUACAAGGAAAAGAUUCAGGAGUUCGCCAAGGAAGAGGAGUAUAACAUCAGAACUCAAGUGUCUACCUCUGAGCGCAAGUAUUGGACCUCAAAACCUGAGCCCAGCACCAGGCAGCAGUUCCUCCAAUAUGCUUGUGACAUCGCCUUUGACCCUGACACAGCACACAGGUAUCUGCGGCUGCAGGAGGACAAUCGGAAGGUCACCAACACUACGCCCUGGGAGCAUCCCUACCCGGAUCUCCCCAGCAGGUUCGUGCACUGGCGGCAGGUGCUGUCCCAACAGAGCCUGUAUUUGCACAGAUACUAUUUCGAGGUAGAGCUGGUCGGGGCAGGCACCUACGUUGGCCUGACCUACAAAGGCAUCGACAGGAAAGGGGAGGAGCGCAACGGUUGUAUUUCCGGAAACAACUUCUCCUGGAGCCUCCACUGGAACGGAAAGGAGUUCACUGCCUGGCACAGUGACACGGAGACCCCGCUCAAAGCCAGCCCUUUCCGGAGGCUGGGGAUCUAUGUCAACUUCCCGGGAGGGAUCCUCUCCUUCUAUGGCGUGGAGCCUGAUGCCAUGACUCUGGUUCACAAGUUUGACUGCAAGUUUUCAGAGCCAGUCUACCCUGCCUUCUGGCUUUCCAAGAAGGAAAACAGCAUCCGGAUUGUGGAUCUGGGAGAGGAACCUCAGAAAGCAGCGGCGACUUCGGUGGAGACUGCUCCGUAGGCUCCAGGAUCUAUAUUCCAGACUUUUGUUAACCACAAUGAUUGGGCAGCAGCUUGCAUUUUAAGGGUGACUUGGGAGCAGAAAUCUCUGCCAGUGGUAACUGGCUCUAGAAAUCAUGUGAGUCUGUGAAUGAAAAGGGUCUCUGGCUUCUCCCUUUUGCUCCAUUCUGUGCUGUUCUUUGUGUUUGCAGUCAUGUUCAGGUGCCUAAGUCCCGCUCAUUAUCUUUGAAUGAUACUCUUCUGUCUGCUCCGGUGAACAGCACACUGUGCCCAGAAUUGGUAACCAGGAAUCUUCAGAGAGAUCAAAAAGAUCACAGAGUAAUUUUAAUAAAUUGCUAACUAUAUUGCACAUUU